GGCACAGGUCGGGUGUGACGGUAACUGACGUGUGGUGCUACAUGUCUCUAUUGGACAACUGGAACCUGGUGUCUCGUAUGACGGUGCCUCGCUGCAGACACAACAGUCUGGUGUACGACGGGAAACUCUAUACCAUCGGAGGACUGGGCGUGUCAGGAAACCUGAACCAUGUAGAGAGGUACGACACCAUAACCAACCAGUGGGAGACUGUGUCUCCGCUCCCCAAGCCGGUGCACUCUGCAGCAGCCACGGUGUGCGGGGGGAAGGUYUAUGUGUUCGGAGGGGUGAACGAGGCGGGUCGAUCGGCGGGGGUACUGCAGUCAUACGUCCCUCAGACCAACUCCUGGAGCUUCAUCGAGUCACCCAUGAUAGAUAAUAAGUAUGCCCCAGCGGUCACUCUGAAUGGGCUCAUCUUUAUUCUGGGAGGAGCCUAUGCCCGGGCCAUCACCAUCUAUGACCCAGACAAAGGAAACAUCAAAGCCGGACCCAACAUGAACCACUCACGACAGUUCUGCAGUGCGGUGAUCCUGGAUGGUAAGAUCUACGCAACGGGGGGCAUUGUGAGCAGCGAGGGUCCUGCCCUGGGCAACAUGGAGAUCUUUGACCCCCACACCAACAACUGGACGCUCCUCCAGUCGCUGCCCUGCCCUCUCUUCAGACACGGCUGUGUCGUCAUCAAGAAGUAUAUCCAGAGUGGCUGAGAUCGGUUCCGUGAUGAAUGAGUUUCCUGAAAGCUUUGUAGCCAAUGUGGCUUUAUUUUCUCUGGACGACCCAGACCCACGCCUCUUGUAGAACAGCAAAGUGCUUCAGCUUCAUUUGGCGAACUUUGUUCACUUUCCCCCCAGAACUGUCAAACAUUUACAAUUAUUGUUAGUCUCCCUCUGCUGUGGGGAUGGGUUAUCGAGAGAAACGAAGUGUCAUGUUAGCUAUGAAGCUUUCGGGAAAACUCCCCCCUGACCGGUUUGGUCUGGUUAGGACAGGACACUCUGUGUGCAGCUUUUGGGGGUCGAUCGGUCAGCACCGCUGGACUGGACUAUCCAACUAAAACCCCCUCGGGACUUGAUGCCAGUGUUGUUGUCUUUACUCCACCCCCACCCCUUCAGUCCCCCAUCAACCCCCUGUGCAGAAUGUAGGCUGU